AUGGAUUGGGACAGUCUCUUCUUUAACACGGCAGCGUUGAUUGCCGGGGUUUUUGUCCUUGACUAUGGGGCGGACAAAUUCAUUGAUCACACUGUGAUUGUAGGACACCGACUGGGCAUCUCUCCGACUCUUAUUGCCCUUUUGACUGCUGGAGCUGAAUACGAAGAGCUCGCUGUUGUUGUCGCUGCAAUCCUACAAGGUCACACCCCUUUAGCCCUGGGCAAUGUUAUGGGAUCUACAAUUUCCAACAUCCUCGGUGCCUUUUCGUUAGGGCUUUUGUGUCAUUCGGAUGGGAGCCCUUUUGAUAGUAGUGCGAAGAUAUACUCCGUGCUCCAAUUCUUCGUCACCACCAUUUUCAUCAUCUUGGCAUAUUUUCAACAGCUGAAUAAAGUUACCGGUGGGCUUCUCAUCGCUCUCUUCGCACUUUAUAUCAUCUCUAUUGGCUUUGCCAUCUAUAGAGGUAUCAGUGAACCGCCUCAGCUGUCGGACAGUGAAAGUGACGACGAAUCAGUCAAUGUUUGUGAUGAAGAAACACCAGGGCAGAGUGCCAGGCAGUCAGCCUCGGAGGCUUCUCCUCUAUUAGGAGAUACGAAUACGCCCCAGGAAUUGAUGAGUGCAUCCGCGGACAAGGGCAAAAGGCCUCCCCGGCCGCUUUAUCAUCAUAUCCUCCAGCUUAUUUUUGGGCUGCUAGCACUCUCCUUGUCGGGAUAUAUCCUUGCCCACAGCGCAGGCACUAUCGCCGAUUCCCUCAAUCUGUCAGGCACUGUCUUUGGGUUGACCGUGAUCGCUUUUGUUACAACCCUGCCAGAGAAGUUGAUUGCUAUGCUUAGCGGCAUUCGUGGACAGGGAGGCAUAAUUGUAGCAACCACAGCAGGGAGUAAUAUCUUCCUACUGACGCUAUGUGUCGGGAUUGUCGCGGUGGCGGGGAGCCCCCUCGAUCAGUCAGAUACCUUUGUUCUGUUUGAUCUAGUGACAGUUUGGGUGUCCUCGCUGUCCCUUCUAGCGGUUGUCUUUCUGGGGCCUCACCGAAUGGCUGGCCUAGUACUUCUCGCUGCCUACGUGGUUUUUCUAGUCAUGGAAUUCACCGUUUACAGACGUUAA